GAUGGUCAACGAUCGAUGGAAAGACAUGGGGAGAGCGUCUCCACUCGAGGACGGGCAGCAGGAGAAAUCCCAGAGAAUGAGCUGUGGCUACAUCCUGUGCACGGUCCUCCUGUCUGUGGCUGUCCUCCUGGCCGUUACCGUCACCGGCGCCAUCCUCUUCAUGAACCACUAUCACACCCCUGUCACGGAGUCCCCGCCCAUCAUCAGUACCAACCCCGAGGAGGCCAAUGCUCUGGUCACCAUCGAGAAGGUGGACAGUUCCCGCAUCAACAUCUUCAUUGACCCCAACUGUCCGGACCAAGCCGGCAGCUUCACCCGCCUGGAGGGCUUCCAGUCCUCCGUGCUGCGGGCCGUGACAGACCAUGACACUGAGAUGAAGUCAUCCAAGGGGCAGGAGCGGGCCCUGCUGGUCACUGUGGCGGAUGAGGUGGCCAAGCUCCUGACCCACGCCACUCAGCUGAGAGCCGACUGUGACAGCCUGAAGAAGGGGCACAACGCUAUGGGGCAGGAGCUCAAUGCCCUGCAGAACGAGCAGGGGCGGCUGAUACAGCUGCUCUCGGAGAGCCAGACCAACAUGGCCCGGCUGGUGAGCUCGGUCAGCGACGUCCUGGACACGCUGCAGAAGGAUCGAGGCAUGGCCAGGCCUCGGCUCAAAGCCGACCUGCAGAGACCUCCAGCCCGGGGAGCCCGGCCUCGGGGAUGUUCUAAUGGCUCGCGGCCCCGGGACUGCUUUGACAUCUACGUGAGCGGACAACAAGAGGACGGCAUUUACUCCAUCUUCCCCACUCAUUAUCCCUCAGGCUUCCAGGUCUACUGCGACAUGACCACGGACGGAGGGGGGUGGACGGUUUUCCAGCGGCGGGAGGAUGGCUCGGUGAAUUUUUUCCGCGGCUGGGAAGCAUACCGGGAUGGAUUCGGGAAGCUGACGGGAGAGCACUGGCUAGGGCUGGCGCGGCUCCACGCCCUGACCACGCAGGCCAGCUACGAGCUGCGCAUCGACCUGGAGGACUUCGACAACGGCACGGCCUUCGCCCAGUACGGCACCUUCGGCGUGGGGCUGUUCUCCGUGGACCCGGAGGAGGACGGCUACCCAGUCACCAUCGCCGACUACUCCGGAACAGCAGGAGACUCCUUCCUGAAGCACAACGGCAUGAAGUUCACCACCAAAGACCUGGACAACGACCAUUCGGAGAACAACUGCGCCGCCUUCUACCACGGGGCCUGGUGGUACCGCAACUGCCACACCUCCAACCUCAACGGGCAGUACCUCAAGGGGCACCACAGCUCCUACGCCGAUGGCGUCGAGUGGUCCUCCUGGACCGGCUGGCAGUACUCCCUCAAAUUCACCGAGAUGAAGACCCGGCCCAUCAGAGAGGAGAAUUAGCCUAACGGCGCAACCACUCCCCUGCCCCUCUUCUUCCCCCUCCCCCACAGCUCAGUGUUGUCUUGUCCGUGAGUCAGGGGGCAGCCAGGGUGAAAAGCCCCUCUGAUAAUGCACCGCUCAGCACCAGGACAGGGGAGGGGCGGCUCGUCCCCCGAGGGUGCGUCUCAGGGGAGAGGUGGUCGCUGCCGCCUCCUUGCUCUGAGCGCCUCCAAGGACACGUGCCCCCCGGCGGUGGAGUCGGCCCACCUGCGUUUGGCCUCUCCCUUUCCAGCAAGCCCUGGGCUCAGGUGUGUGUAGGGGUGGGGAGCAGCAUGAGCCUGCUGGGCCUUGGCUUCUUAUUACAGGGCAGCUCCGCGAGGUGGCAGGUGAAAAUCCCUUGGUAAAGCCCCCGCAGGGAGUGGAGAGAAUCAACCCGCCGCGAGGCCACUGAGACGUUAGUGACAGUCCCAGGAGGCAGCAGCUGGCCUGUAGUUCUUGAUGGGCUUUGCCAAGGGGUACAGCAGGCACCGAGAAGGGGGAAGCCAUGGUGAGGACAGAACCCAGGAGGCCCGACUCCCAGCCCCUGCACGCAAUACCCGCUGGCCCCAUAGGAAACACCACCCCAUGUUGAUUCCCUGCACUGAGCUGGGCUCCGAGCACAUCCAGAGGGCUGGGCUGGCAGGUGCCCCAGCCGGAAGGGUGUCACAUACAAAAUGCAGCCCCAGGGGGCUCAGCAGAUGGCACACGAAGGCCGCAGAAAGGGGACAGUGCAGAUCCUGCACAGUUCUUCGUACCCACCCUGGGUCACUGGAGCUGCCUCCUCCCCACCAGCCACUCGCUGUCUGGUUCCAAGGCUCCACUGGUGACGGGGUGCCAGGUCUCCAGCAGGGAGGAGGGUUGUAUCUGUCCGGGGCAGGGGAUGAUACAACACCUGGCCCUGCUUCCUGCUGGGGUUUAGCCCAGGUGUGCCUCUGGAUUUAUGAGCAAUUCCCCCUCCCAUUCAAAACAGCCCCGCAUCCCAAAUCCAGUUUCUGCUGCCGCUCACCAGCUGCAGCCUCUCACCCUGUGACGUUCCCACGCCCAGCAACGACUCUACCACCCUCCCGCAGUCUGCCCUCCAGGCACGGGGGGUUGGGACACAGUAAUUCAACCUCGGAACUGAGAUGGAGGUGACCCCAAACAGUCCACCAGCUCUCCCAGCCCCAUCGCUGCCCUAUGGGGCUCGCUGUAUCACUACACGCCACGUGGGCACGCUUGGCAUUGCGCACCACACAGCCCGAGGGUUUAGACACCCAGAGAGGAUUGGCUGGACCCCUCCGAAGGGAUGAUUGGCACUGCCCCAUGUCAGCUGUGUUGGCCAGGGUGGUGGGGCAAAGCUCACGGCUGCAGCUUUGGAGACGGGAGGGCUCCAAGCAGGUAGCCAGCUGAAGCUCCCAGGCGACCCUUAGGGGAUACGUUUCAUGGAGUCUUUUUGCCAACCAAACCCACUCGGAAGGGGGCAAACCCAGACCCCGUUUGUGGAAACGUGACCUUAGCUCUAUGGUAGCUGUGACCUUCCCCCAGCUCCUUCGGAGGCUGGCUGCAGGAAAGAACAGCUGGUUCUCCACAGGGGAAUCCCUGCCCCUGUCCCCUCGGUGCAGAGGACAGGGAGCUGGCCUUCAUUUCCAGCCCACAGGAACCUUGCUCUGGCUUAUGCACCUGCAGAUAUUCAAGCCUUUCAUUUCUUCAAACCCCAUGAAGGUUUUGCAACCCCCCCUGCACCCCCCCUCCCAAACCCUGAGUCAGGCAUAAUACCUGUGAGGCGUGGCUAACUGUGUCAUGGCCCCAUCACGGCGGCUGGGGCUUCAGGCUGACCAGACCAGGCAGCGGGCCGUGCGACAGCGGGACUCCAAGAAUCCUCAUCCUCUGGGACAUCACGGAGAACAGGGAAGAGCAAAGAGGAUUGAGAGCAGCCAUUGGGCAGAGCGCAUAAGUCACAGCCAGUUCUCCCGCUCCCUUGUCAAGGAGGCACUUCACAGCCCAAGCUGUUCAGCGUCAAGCCAGAUGGUCAGCAGCAGAAUCCUUGCCCAGGUUUCUCCGGGCCCAAUCCCCCAGCGCUCAGGGCUUUGCUUUCUUGGUAGCACUCUGCAGAAGCCACGGUGCAGGAAGACAUCCAGCUGCUUACAGUGAAGGGGGGGGGGGAAUGGGAACACGCCUGCGCCUGACUGAGAUGCUGAGGAUGGAGCAGAGCCCUGCCAGCACAGGAGAAGCUCCAUCCCCAUCUGCUCUGCAGGAAACGGGAGACAACUGGGCUAUGUUCUGUCUGUGCUGGACUCUCUAAUGGUAGGACGUGCCGCUGAACGCUGGGGUGUAAAAGGGUUGAAGGGUGUGUGAGAAGGAAGCCCCCCACCCCAACCCCCUUAGUGCCAGACCCGGGCACGCUAGAGGCAGGUGUCUCAGUCAGGAACUCAUUUGGAUUUUGUUUAAUGCCAAACCACACAAAAAAUGCUCAAAGCCUUCCAGUUUGUGUGGCAUCAGUAUCUGGAGCCAC